CGGGACCCUGGCGAGGAGCGGAAGCUAGGUUGCUCUGUUGCCUCUGCGAUCGGGCGGCGGCGGCGAGAGCGAGAGCGAGAGCGAGCGGGGCUGCGGCCGGGACGGCGGUCGGGGCAGCGGGCGCCGCAGUCGGGGAGCAGCAGCGAGGUUGGCGGCCGCGGGCGGCAGCGCAGAGCGGGCCGGGCCGGGUGACGGAGCGGACGGCGCGUCACGGGUGGCAUUGUGUGUCCCAGUGUGCAAGAAUAGCCCCAGAAGAGGAAAGGCUGAGCCCAGGCUCUUCAGCAGGGAAGGUUCCCUCCCCCGCUUCAGGCUGCUGAGCACUGAGGGCGCUCAGAAUGGAAGCCAUCGCCAAAUAUGACUUCAAAGCUACUGCUGACGAUGAGCUGAGCUUCAAAAGGGGGGACAUCCUUAAGGUUUUGAAUGAAGAAUGUGAUCAGAACUGGUAUAAGGCAGAACUCAAUGGGAAAGAUGGCUUCAUCCCCAAGAAUUACAUAGAAAUGAAACCACAUCCGUGGUUUUUUGGCAAAAUCCCCAGAGCCAAGGCAGAAGAAAUGCUCAGCAAACAGCGGCAUGACGGGGCCUUCCUGAUCCGAGAGAGCGAGAGCGCUCCUGGGGACUUCUCCCUGUCCGUCAAGUUUGGAAAUGAUGUGCAGCACUUCAAGGUGCUCCGUGAUGGAGCCGGGAAGUAUUUCCUGUGGGUGGUGAAGUUUAAUUCUUUGAAUGAGCUGGUAGAUUACCACAGAUCAACAUCCGUGUCCAGGAACCAGCAGAUAUUCUUACGGGACAUAGAACAGAUGCCACAGCAGCCGACCUACGUCCAGGCACUCUUUGACUUUGACCCCCAGGAGGACGGCGAGCUGGGCUUUCGCAGAGGAGACUUCAUUCAUGUCAUGGAUAACUCAGAUCCCAAUUGGUGGAAAGGGGCCUGCCACGGGCAGACCGGCAUGUUUCCCCGCAAUUACGUCACCCCAGUGAACCGGAACGUCUAAGAAGCAAAAGAGAUUAUUUAAAGAAAGUGAAAAGUUAAGACCGUUCACAGGAAUUACACCCACACGCUGCCUGUCACAGCCUGUGAGGGAACGCAGAACACCUGGCUGGGUCCCACGGGUGACCCUCUCAUUAGGUUGCAACUUUGGGGGGUGGGGAGGGGUGUUUGAUUUCAUAAUGCCAAAACUUAACCUAUUGAAUGAAUUACAGUUUUUAUUACGGAAUCUCGCCGCUACUCCUGUUCCCCUCCUGUGUCCUUUUUCUCGUUCUUCCUUUCCUGUCCAGUGCAUGAUGUUUAAGGCCACAUAUAGUCCAGCUGAUGCCAAUAAUAAAAGACAAGAAACCAAGUGGGCUGGUAUUUUCUCUAUGCAAAAUGUCUGUGGAGAUGGAUGGACUGAAAGAGCCGGAUUCCUCACACACAGGGGCAGCCAGAGCUUCUGGGACCCUGGUUGGGGUUCACCGGAGAUGCCCAAGGGCACGGGCCUCCAGCCUCAGGCCUGGAGCAUUCCAUCAAAGUUGGAAUUAGGGGAAGGAGGCCUGCUGCCCUCCAAGGUCUCCUGAGAGUCAGACUGCAGACCUGCCCCUCCCCCACUGCUUCCCUUCAGGUGUUUUGACUUUUUUUCAUAGUGCCUUUGUCUUAUUUCAAGGGUGUUCAUGAAUGGUGUUUGUACUUUUUUUUUAAAAAAAAAAAUAAGUUAAAAGAUAGUCCAGAGCUUUUCAGUUGAUUUGUCUCCUACCCUGUGUAAAUAUUUUCCUCUCAGGGCAGGGGAAAGAGAACAGAGAAAGGAGCUGGUAGAAGCAGAGGGUAUAUUUCCCAUCUCUGAUGGGCUGGAGGUCUCGAAGCCUCAGCUUGUACAUUGUGAGCUGCGACACUUGCUUCAGCUCAGACUGAGCGGACAUCAGAGUCUCUGCCCUCCGUGUCUCACUUAUGGUCUGCUCUUUCUAUGCCUGGAGCUACACAAGACGGUCAGAGCAGCCCUGGCAUCCUUCACCCUUAAUAGGCCUACAGGCAGAUGGGCUUGAAGAGAAUUGGCCUUUCAUUUUUCAUGCUCGUGUUUCCCCACUUGUCCAAGGGUGCAGAUAGCAGGGUUGUGGGGUCAGCUGCAUCUCUGUUGGCAGUGGGUUGUGCUGCCCCACCGCCCCGUCCCUCAUCCCACGAAGCCUUUCGAGGUAGGAGAGACGAAGACCAGUGCACAGCAUUUUAACUCUUGUCUCCUGUGAGCUUUCAGUCCUCUGUACUCAUUUGGCUGCUCUCUCCAGCCUGCCUCCUUCCCACAGCAGAAGCAGGACUCCGCCCAGACCCUCCCUCAGAGUCGGUGGCAUCCAUGGGAGGGUGGAGUCUCCCCUGGACUUCGCUUUGUGAGAUGGACUCAGCUCAGAGCUCCCCUAAGGCCUGGAGGCAGCCUUCUGGGUCCCCACCUCUCCUGGUUCUGCUGCUGCUGUCCCUGCCGAUGAUAAGUACCCUCUGGAGUCACGCCUGGGCCAUGUGACUGUUUUAUUUUGGAAUUGGUGUAUAUCAUGAAGCCUUGCUGAACUAAGUUGUGUGUGUAUAUAUUUAAAGAUCAGUGUUUAAAUAAAAAAAACAACCAUGUACUUACUCUGACUUCUGCGGACAGCAAUUUGGUAGGUAGUGAUUAACUGUGAAUAAACGUACAAUGAGUUCUUAAA